AAAAAUGUCUCGUGGAUCAUCAUCAGGUUACGAUCGUUUUAUCACUGUCUUUUCUCCUGAAGGAAGACUUUAUCAAGUUGAAUAUGCCUUUAAGGCCGUAAAGACACCUGGUAUUACUACUAUUGGUGUCCGUGGUAAAGACUCUUGUUGUAUUGUUACUCAAAAGAAAGUUCCUGAUAAACUCUUGAAAGCUGAAUCCGUAACACAUGUAUUUAAAAUCACUGAUCGUAUUGGAUGUGUAAUGACUGGUAGAAUUGCUGAUGCCAGAGUUAAUGUUCAAAGAGCCAGAUAUGAAGCUGCUUCUUUCCAUUUCAAAUUCGGAUAUGAAAUUCCAGUGUCUUACCUUGCCAAGAGAAUGGCCGAUAAUGCUCAAUUAUUUACUCAAUAUGCUGGUAUCAGACCACAAGGUGUUGUCAUGAUGUUAAUUGGUGUUGACGAAGAAACAAAGGAACCACAAUUGUAUAAGAUCGAUCCUGCAGGUUAUUAUGCUGGAUAUUUUGCAACAAGUGCUGGACAAAAGGAAACUGAAGCUCAAAACUUUUUGGAAAAGAAGUUGAAGGAUAUCAAACAAAACGAAGAUGGUAGUGAAUGUGCCUUAUCAACUCAAGAAACUGUUCAACUUACUGUCAGUAGUUUGCAAAGUGUUUUGAGUUCUGAACUCAAAUCUGCUGAUAUUGAAGUUUGUAUUGUUUCUGGAGAAGAUCGUAAAUUCAAAGUAUUGUCAUCUGAGGAAAUUGACACUGUUUUGAAUGCUCUCGCUGAAAGAGAUUAAAUCCACUUGUACACAACCUUCCUCAUAAAACUCUUGUAUUUAUCUGAU